GGUAUUGAGAAAGGGCCCCGGCCUCUACGGACGGAACGGGACAGGCGAGUCGCAGCCGAAGUGACGUAUGUCAGCACGUCACAGGAAGUCGCUUCACGGUGGGAUUUGACGGAAGAUGCUGAAUAAACGGGAGCUGCCGCUUUCCCAGAGACCGUUCAGUGAAGAUGAGACCAUGGUCCCGGUACUGACCUCAAAGAAAGCCAGCGAGCUUCCCGUCCACGAAGUCCUGUGUGUGCUGCAGGCCGACCUGCAGGUGGGUCUGAACCAGGAGGAGGUGAGCAGGAGGAGAGCCUACCACGGCUGGAAUGAGUUCGACAUCAGUGAGGAGGAGCCUCUAUGGAAGAAAUACAUCUCCCAGUUCAAAGACCCUCUCAUCCUGCUGCUGCUGGCCUCGGCCGUCAUCAGCGUCCUCAUGCACCAGUUUGAUGACGCCAUCAGCAUCACUGUGGCCAUCAUCAUAGUGGUGACAGUAGCUUUUGUCCAGGAGUAUCGUUCAGAGAAGUCUCUGGAGGAGUUGGGGAAGUUGGUUCCUCCAGAAUGUCACUGUUUGAGAGACGGCCACCUGCAGCACCUGCUGGCCAGAGACUUGGUUCCCGGAGACACCGUCUGUCUGUCUGUGGGGGAGAGGGUCCCAGCGGACCUCCGUCUGGUGGAGGCCACAGACCUGUCUGUGGAUGAAUCCAGUCUUACAGGUGAGACGUCUCCCUGCUCCAAGUCUUCCGUCCACCAGCUGUCCUCCAACGGAGAUAUCACCUCCCGCACCAACGUGGCCUUCAUGGGGACCCUGGUGCGCUGUGGGAGAGCCAAGGGCAUCGUCAUCGGGACCGGAGAGAACUCUGAGUUCGGGGAGGUUUUCAAGAUGAUGCAAGCAGAAGAGGCUCCUAAAACUCCGUUACAGAAGAGCAUGGACCUUCUGGGGAAGCAGCUCUCGCUUUACUCCUUUCGGCAUCAUAGUGCUCUUGUCUCAGGGGUCAUCAUGCUUGGAGGAUGGAUGUCGGGGAAGGAGUCCCGGGACAUGUUCCCCUUCGGAGUGAGCCUGGCGGUAGCUGCCAUCCCGGAGGGUUUACCCAUCGUGGUGACGGUGACGCUGGCGCUGGGUGUGAUGCGCAUGGUGAAGAAACGAGCAAUCAUCAAGAAGCUUCCCAUCGUAGAGACUCUGGGUUGCUGCAACGUGAUCUGUUCAGACAAGACGGGAACUCUGACCAAGAACGAGAUGACGGUCACUCAGCUGUUCACGUCGGAUGGACUCCACGCAGAGGUGACGGGCGUAGGCUACAACGGAUCAGGAGAAGUCCUGCUGGACGGAGACGUCGUCCACGGCUUCUCAUGUCCAUCCAUCAGCAAGAUCGUUGAGGUUGGCUGUGUGUGUAACGACUCGCUCAUCAGGAAUCACAACGUGCUCGGCCGCCCCACGGAGGGAGCGCUCAUCGCCCUCGCCAUGAAGAUGGGUCUUGAGAGCCUGCAGCAGGAGUACAUCCGUCUGGAGGAGCAACCUUUCAACUCAGAGCAGAAGUGGAUGUCUGUUCGCUGUGUUCAUCGCACGCUGCAGGAUAAACCAGGAUUGUUCUUUGUGAAAGGAGCUUACGAGCAGGUAAUUGGCCUCUGCAGCUCGUACAACAGCAGAGGAAGUGCUCUGUCCCUGAGCCACCAGCAGAGGGAGCUGUACCAGCAGCAGAUCAGCUACAUGGGCUCCGCUGGUCUGAGAGUUCUGGCUUUUGCCUCCGGCUCUCAGAUGGGGAACUUGACAUUUGUGGGUCUGGUGGGCAUCAUCGACCCCCCGAGGUCAGGGGUCAAAGAAGCUGUGGCGAUGCUCGUCAGCUCUGGAGUUGCCAUCAAGAUGAUCACGGGAGACUCCCAGGAGACUGCCGUGUCCAUCGCCAGUCGUCUGGGUCUGUUCUCUAAAGGCUCUCAGUGUUUGUCUGGAGACGAGGUGGACCGCCUGGACCUGCAGCAGCUGUCUGACAUCGUCACCCGAAUUGCUGUAUUUUAUCGAGCGAGUCCUCGCCACAAGCUGAAGAUCGUCAAGUCCCUCCAGAACAUCGGCGCUGUGGUGGCCAUGACGGGCGACGGGGUGAAUGACGCCGUGGCCUUGAAGGCCGCUGACAUUGGCGUGGCGAUGGGCCAGACGGGCACUGAUGUCUGCAAGGAGGCGGCCGACAUGAUACUGGUGGACGACGACUUCCAGACCAUCAUGUCCGCCAUCGAGGAAGGAAAAGGAAUCUACAACAACAUCAAAAACUUUGUGCGCUUCCAACUGAGCACGAGCAUCGCGGCUCUGACACUCAUCUCCUUGGCAACGCUGAUGAACUUCCCCAACCCGCUGAAUGCCAUGCAGAUCCUGUGGAUCAACAUCAUCAUGGACGGCCCCCCAGCUCAGAGUCUGGGCGUAGAGCCGGUGGACCGUGAUGUCAUCAGGCAGCCCCCCCGUGAUGUCAGAGACAGCAUCAUCACCCGCAGCCUGCUGGUCAAAGUGCUGGUGUCGGCAUUCGUCAUCGUGUGUGGGACAUUGUUCGUCUUCUGGAGAGAGCUGCAGGACAACGUGAUCACUCCUCGAGACACCACCAUGACCUUCACCUGCUUUGUCUUCUUCGACAUGUUCAACGCCCUGAGCUCUCGAUCGCAGACCCGCAUGGUCCAUGAACUGGGCCUGUGCAGUAACAGGACCUUCUGCUACGCGGUCCUGGCCUCCAUCAUGGGUCAGCUGCUGGUCAUCUACUUCCCUCCUCUGCAGAAAGUCUUCCAGACAGAGAGCCUCAGCCUCUUUGACCUGCUGUUCCUGGUGACUCUGACCUCCUCGGUGUGUCUGGUGUCUGAGGCCAUAAAGACGGUGGAGAGGUGGAGAGCAGCAGAGAGGACUCUUCCCUCCGACUGCUUCCACGAGGUAUGACCCCUCAGCCCCGCGCCCCCCACCAUCAAAGCACUCUGAGGAUGAGUUUUACGCUUCAAUAAGACUGAGGUCUUCUGGAGAAACUCUGGGCUGUGACCGGAGGAGCCACCCAGCCUCACCUGGAGGAUCUGACCUAGGAUCUGCUGAGAGUAGAUCCGGACUGUCUACAGAAACCACCUCACCUCCAAAUCUGCUCCUCUUGUUCAGCACCAGCACUCUGAAGAAAAGCCUUCUUUUGUAAUCUCCUGGUUAGAAGGUGUCGACCACUAUUGUGCUCUGGGUUCCUCUGUAGAAGGUUUAGGGUGAGUGGAGAUGGAACGGGACAAAGCGCUACUUCCUUUCUGCUGUAAACACGAAGCACUGAAAUGUUCUUCCUGUGUUCACGUGAACAUUGCUUUAACUUAGAUGAUAUAAAACUCUAAGAAAACAUUCUAGUUCAUUAAGAAACAACUGGCUACAAACUGCUUAUUUGUGUUUAAUGCAGUUUGUCUUAUUUUACAAUUUUAAAAGUAUGUUUAACACUGAUAUUAUUACGGUUAAUAUUAAGCUGGGCUUCUUUUAAGAUUAGACUGACGGCUUCUGUACAUUGAUUGAUUGAUACGUCAUUUUGGAAUUGAUUUAGCUGUUUCACACAUUUAAAUUAAAGUUCUAUAUGUGGGUUUCUAUGUCGCUACGUCCGGUUUCGGCGGCUUGUUUUCAUUUCAGGGUUCACAAUGAUGUUUUGAUUUAUUGAUUAUCUUUUUAUUGUCGCUCACUAUGAGACGACAUUGCCAUUCCAUCUGGGUUUACUAAUCAAUGAUGCUAAUGUUAGCUUUGUGAGCUAGUUCACCUCAAUAGUACGAGUUCGCUCAGUUUGCUUUGGCAACUUUCGGUUGACAUGUGAUUAUUGUUACUAUUUAAUUCUAUAAGUGAAACAAAGAACUUGAGUAAAUUAUUUUAUUUUCCUUUGGACCAAAUGAACCUAACUACACGUGAGCUCCGUAGAAGGAAUGUUCCGCUCUUUGUUUCUUGUUUGUUUCAAUAAACCGAUACUUUAGUGA